AUGUCGAAACGUGUCGCCGACGAGAAUGGCGAUGGCCCCCUCAAGGGUGGUGACCGCCCUGAACAGAUGGACAUUGACGACAAGGAAAUGGGCGAGUUUGAGGACGAGUUCGAGGAUGAAUUUGAGAGCGAAGACGAAAUUUUUGAGGCUGGUGUUGAUGGUCGUCCUGAUGCUGAGCGCGAAGCUGAAGAAAAGGCUGGUGCCAUGGAUGUCGACCAAGGUACUUUUAUUGUCGGACGAAACAAGCUGGAACCUGGCCAAACACUCGCACCUGACCUGACCACAUACGAGAUGCUUCACAACCUCAGCACGCCGUGGCCCUGCCUCUCCUUCGAUCUCGUUCGCGACACUCUAGGAGAUAACCGAAAGGCUUACCCUGCCACUAUGUACAUGGUUGCUGGUACCCAGGCCGAAACUGGCAAGGCCUCAGACAACCAGCUUUUGGUUAAUAAGUUCAGCGGAUUGAGCAGAAUGGAGAAGCAGGACGAGGAGGACUCUGACGACGACGACGACGAAGAUUCCGACCCUAUCCUCGAGAGCAAAUCAAUUCCUCUCAACUCCACUACCAACCGCAUUCGCGCACACCAGAUUCCCAGCAGCGAGCCUGGCCGGCCCCCUACUACAUUCACAGCUACCAUGACCGAGUCAAGCAAUGUCUUUAUCCACGAUGUUACUCCCCACCUGGCUUCGUUUGAUAACCCUGGAACUACUAUUACUGCGCAACAGAACAAGCCAAUUUCCACAAUUCGUGCACACAAGUCUGAGGGUUAUGCUGUCGACUGGUCUCCAAUGGUCCCAACCGGCAAGCUGUUGACUGGCGAUAAUGAUGGCCUCAUCUACGUGACCACCCGUACCGAUGGUGGUGGCUGGGUUACCGAUAACAGACCGUUCCAAGGUCACACUAGCAGUGUUGAAGAAAUCCAGUGGUCUCCAUCAGAGCAGUCCGUGUUCGCUUCCGCAUCAAGUGACGGCAGUAUCCGCAUUUGGGAUGUUCGAUCCAAGUCCCGAAAGCCAGCUAUUACCGUUCAAGUCUCCAAUUACGACAUCAAUGUCAUGUCGUGGUCUCGACAAACCAGCCAUUUGCUGGCGUCUGGAGCUGACGAUGGCAACUGGGGCGUCUGGGACUUGAGACAAUGGAAGACAAACACGGAUAAACCGCAGCCACUUGCCAGCUUCGAUUUCCACAAGGAACAGAUUACCAGCUUGGAGUGGCAUCCCACCGACGACUCCAUCAUGGCUGUGGCUGCUGGCGAUAACACCGUUACUCUGUGGGAUUUGGCUGUAGAAUUGGAUGAUGAGGAGAGCAAGGAUACCGCUGGCGUGAAAGAUGUGCCGCCACAGCUGUUGUUUGUCCAUUAUCUCAAGGACGUCAAGGAAUUGCACUGGCACCCGCAGAUUACGGGAAGCUUGGUAGCGACGGGAGAGGAGUUUAGCGUAUUCCGAACGAUUAGCGUUUAG